CUCCAUUGUGGCUGCGACACUUUAAUAAUCGUCAGCUACAAUAUCCAACCUGUCGGUAGCUUCAGGAGCCCGGCACAGCCCGUUAGAUGGGGGGGGGGCUCGUAGGUGGGAAGAGGGGGCAAACGCUCGGCGCCAGACCUCUAGCCCGCAAGACGUCCCCAUGAUGAAUACAUGAAUAAAAAAUGGAAAAGACUGAUGUCGGAUUAUCUCUGAAAUUAUGGGGUUCCUUCACACAAUUCCUUGCUAUAUAUUGUGUCGUGGAUAUCUCGCGGAUUAUGAAUGAAAACGCAAAAAAAUGUUUUUCUUUCUUUAUUUAUUUUUAUUAUUUGAUAAGUUUAUUUCAUUUUAAUUUGGUUAGAUUUUUUUUAAUAUUACCAGGAUACUUUGGCAGCUACAUUCGGGUUUGCAUCUCUUGAUCUUUGUGUCCCAUACACCGAUCUUCUGCAUAUUCUUCUAAUCCUUCUAAUUGACUGCGCUGAGCCCAUUUCCCAUCAGCAAUCAUCCUCUUGCUCUUUUGCCAGAUGCCUAAAGUUUACAUCUCGGUAAGCACGGCUCCUUUGAUCAUCAGACUGAACGUGCUUCAAUUUGCUUCCCGUUGAUUUUUUUAACUGUAGCUUUAAAAGCCGUAUUUCCUUUUUCUAAAGGUAGCCUAUCUUAUAGAAGGCAUAGUGAAGUUUGGCAAUAACGUCGGCGUGUGUGUGCGCGAGAGAACCCUUCAACCGCGCGCCACUUGUGUCAGUACGGAAACAGUGUUGAGACCCCUACUCAUGUUUCCGUUCCCUGUGAAGCCCUUUUUUUUACCGAAAGGGCGGUUCCGAGAGCUGGAUCAAAAGGUUUUAGAGCCGCUACAAAAGAAAAAUGGAAACUGGAGAUGAUCUGAGAAUGAAUGAAUGAGCGCGCGAGCCCCAGGAACCGCUACAUUCUUUUUUUUUCUUCUUUUUUUUUGGCUUUUGGUCACGCUUCAUCUACCCACGACUUUUCUUCCUCAACUUUGUUCAUUUCUGCUACUGGUGAAAUCCAGCAGUUUGGUUUUGGCUGAAGCGGUUUUACAGUGGAAAGCAUUAAAUGAAUUAACCGAGUCGCCGCUUCCACUGCCGUGGGUAGCAAAUUAACCACUUGAACCUUGCCAUUCGCCUCUUUAACCCUCUCCCUACUCUCCGUCAUUCCUGAGAUGUAACACGGGCUCAGAAGCAGGUAGGUGUUCUUUUCCCGUCCACUCUCCUCACCUAAAAACCGUCAUCACUUGCACGUGCGUCCUGUGGGAGGUUCCCCUUACCUCCCUUGUGUUAAACACCCCCUUAAAUUGUAACGUUAUCAUAAACAGUCCAGCGUCGGGGGGUCAUAAUCGCCUCUCUCGGGCUUUACCGAGACUUCUCAUUGGACGUCAACACGCGACCGACGCGAGGAGGGGGGCUUCCAGGCGCGUGCCGCUUUUUAAACCGACGCCGCGCCUUGAGACACCAGAGAAGGAGUCUCGCACGCGACACUCACAUUCACACGGUGAGACAACAUAGCUGUGCGUGCCUCCGAUAACUUUUUUUCUCCACAGUGUUUUUCUUGGGGGGAAUCAUGGAUGUCCUAACUGUGGAGGGCUGGAACAAAUGCGCACGUGAGGUGCCGGCCAUGCACUCGCGGCAGCAGAGUUGUGGAAGCCCCAGAGAGGUGGAGAGGGGAGGGAAGCAACAGUUCGAGGAGUCCCGCUACGAACCUGGGCUGACGCUCGUGGACAGCGAUAGCGACCCACGCGCCUGGCUGGCUUCCGCUUCUGGCACCUGUGCGGCACACGCCACUUCACCCGACUACCUGCGGCACUCGCCAUGUCCGAGUACCGGCUCCUACCACGAGAGUGGCUCCCCGGGGUCCUCAGGCCAUCCCAGCCCUCAGAGCUACAGAAAACCUGCCAAGAGCCUCACGUCUUCUUCUCUCAAAGUCAGGGAGUUGUGUCGCCUUAAAGGCACCCUCACCGGGCCCGAAGAGGAGGCCUCCGUGAGACAGAGAGCCCCCUCCCACAAGCCUGUCAACGGGAUUCAAAGGCAAAGGAGAGUGGCCGCCAACGCGCGUGAGAGAAGGCGAAUGCACGGGCUCAACCAUGCGUUUGAUGAGCUGCGCAGCGUCAUCCCAGCGUUUGACAACGACAAGAAGCUCUCGAAGUAUGAAACUCUGCAGAUGGCGCAGAUUUACAUCAACGCCCUCGCCGAGCUUCUCCAAGGUCCGGUGUCCUCCUCCUCCUCCUCUUCCUCCAGCAGCAGCAGCAGUAAUAACGACAUCUCCAACAACACCAGCUCGCCAAAGUGUGACAUUAUGCUCUCAUCCACCGCUGGUUAUGACGGGAUGAAGGACAGGGCCUCUCAGUCUCCCUCAACCUGCAGAGCAGCGGACCCUGCGCCCGUUUCAGGUAGCAGCUUACCUGUGCACAUCAGCGGGGUGCCCUUCUGUUCCUCCUUCGACGAAAGUUCGUUUUCCACUAGAGUUGAAAAAGCGAUGUGUUCCCCGUCUCCUUCGUCAUCUGCUCGGGCGGGCAGUUCGCAGUUUGCAAAUGGGAGGAAAGCGUCUCCCCGGAGCGACGGAGAGUUUUCCCCGCACUCCCACUUCAGUGACUCGGAUGAAAUAGCGAUGGAGCUUCAUUCGAGUGAAGAAGACGAUCUUUCAGAACUGAAGCUGCCCUCACACCAUCACCGCACAAUUUCCUUCUAAAUUCCCACAUAAAGACACAGUAUAGCGAACUUUCUCUAUAGCCUACAGUGAAGUAAUGUCCAUAAAACGUGUCAAUCAUAGCGAUAGUCCUGCGUUGACGAAAUGCGUUUUUAAGAGAAAUUCUUGCUUUUUGCAAAUAAAAGAAAAAGAAGUUUAAUGUUUAAUUUAACAUGUUGCAUCGUUUAAAGAUCCUUUUUUUUUUUAAAAUGUGAGUAAGGCCUAAUUCGAUUCUGCCAAUAAAUAUCUAUCCUAUAAUUUUUCAGUCUCCAUGGAGACGUGGUUGGAAGACCCCUCUGCCAUGUCGCGCGCAGCACUGCCACGGGUAUUUCCCACGUCCCUCCAACCAAAAAGCUGUCUUCCACAAAAAAUCACAAGUUUAUGGAUAAUUGCUUAUAUUUGAUAAUGUAAAGACGUUUUUGUAGCUAUGAAAUGAGUUUUGUUGUGAUUUAUGUUUUUUUUGUUUGUUUGUUUUUUUUGUAAAAAUGAAUUUUUGUUUUGCAACUUUAAAAGUUCAUGAUGUGCACUUUAAACUAUAAGAGCCAGAGGCUUUGUUUGUUGUUUGUUUGUUUUCACACCAUAAAUAUAAAAAUAGAGGUUUGCUUUGUUUGUUAGUGUAGUGCUGCCAACUCCAUACAAAUAGCCUAUUUAAUGUAGCCAUCAUUGCUGCCGCCUUUUGUAUUUUCUUUUUUUUUUUAUCUUCACAUCAGCUUGUGUGUCUUUUUUCUUUGUUUGAGAACUGUUUUUGUUCUUGUAUGUAAUGUAUUUAUUGCUCAUAGCCCAUGUUUCAUGUGAUUUGCUUUUUUUAGUUAAAUUUGCCCCAGGAAAAAAGCAAUCAUUCGCCAUUCUUAGUUAUGUUAAUUUGAUUUUGAAAAUAAUAAAAAAAAAAA